AUAAAGGCUUUUUAUGUACCUGUGUUAAGCUGGUCAACUGAACUGUUUUCUCUUCUAAUAUGAUCUGAAGACAUAGCAUGUUAUGGGAGCUUUCAGCAGUAGAUCAAGAACUCAUUCAACACAACUCUGAACACAAUCUUUCAAGUUGCCUGCCUGAGCACUCAGUCUUUCUUUAAAACAAACAGAAAUAUGAGGGUUUUGUUUUUCUUCCAUUUGUGGAAUAAAUAAAGGGGAGAGAUGAUAUUGAAAGCAGUCGUGCUGUUGGGCUGUGCUCUGGGCAUCAGCACAUUCCCCAUGGAAGAACCAGAAGAUGGAGGCAAGCACUGGGUGGUGAUCGUUGCAGGUUCGAAUGGCUGGUACAACUAUCGACACCAGGCAGAUGUGUGCCAUGCAUACCAGAUUGUACACCGAAACGGAAUUCCAGAUGAACAAAUCAUUGUCAUGAUGUACGAUGACAUUGCCGAUAAUGAAGAAAACCCAACAAAAGGCAUUGUCAUCAAUAGACCUAAUGGUACAGAUGUGUAUGCUGGAGUGCCCAAGGACUAUACAAAGGAGGACGUUACACCAAAGAAUUUCCUUGCUGUUCUCAGAGGAGAUGCAGAAGCAGUGAAGGGUGUGGGAUCAGGAAAAGUAUUGAAAAGUGGUCCCAAGGAUCAUGUAUUUGUUUAUUUCACUGACCACGGAGCUCCAGGACUUCUUGCUUUUCCUGAUGAUGAUCUUCACGUGAAGGACUUGAAUAAGACUAUUUGGUACAUGUAUCGUCACAAAAAAUACCAAAAGAUGGUGUUUUAUAUUGAAGCAUGCGAGUCUGGAUCUAUGAUGAAUCACUUGGCUGAUAAUAUCAAUGUUUAUGCAACAACUGCUGCCAAUUCCAGAGAGUCGUCUUAUGCAUGUUACUAUGAUGAUGAAAGGCAGACUUAUCUUGGGGACUGGUACAGUGUGAAUUGGAUGGAAGAUUCAGAUAUGGAGGACCUAAGAAAAGAAACACUCCACAAGCAGUUUCAGCUUGUGAAGAAACGCACCAAUACCAGCCAUGUGAUGCAGUAUGGAAACAGAAGCAUCUCCUCCAUGAAAGUGAUGCAGUUUCAGGGCAUGGGGAAGAAAGCUAUUCCCAUUUCUCUGCCACCUGUAGAAAACUAUGACCUGACUCCAAGUCCUGAUGUGCCUCUUGCAAUCAUGAAACGAAAGCUGAUGGCUACCAAUGACAUUCAUGAGGCUAAGAAGAUUGCUUCGGAGAUUAGAACACACCUGGAGGUGAAAGAAUUUAUCCAAGAAUCCAUGCGAAAGAUCAUCACCUUAAUAACAGGAUCAAGAGAACAGACCAACCAAAUUCUGUCGGACAGAUUGACCAUCAGCAAUUAUGACUGCUAUCAGUCAGCAGUGAAUCACUUCAGAGCUCGUUGCUUCAACUGGCACUUACCCAUAUAUGAGUAUGCACUGAGACAGCUAUACGCCCUGGUCAAUGUUUGUGAAGGAGGAUACCCCAUUGACAGAAUACUUCUGGCCAUGGAUCAAGUGUGCCUUGGGCAUUGAUGGAAACAACAGUCCUGAAUAUAAACCUUACUACAAAUGAUACAUUUAUGUAACUGUAGUAAUCCAGACAUUUACACGCAUGCAACAUGAAGAGUCAACACUUAUAUUGGAACUGCACUGGAAGCUGAGGCUCUUGACCAUGAGCAACACAGCACUUGCUAGUGCUCUCCCCUGCAUCCCUGCCUGCUAACAGCCUGCUGGAUUGAUAGAGGCAUUUUGGCAGACCACCUGGAGCUUUCAAUAUGGGUGGUUUGUUUCAAAGCACAAUGCUUUUAAGAAUCUGUGGAUGAACACUACAAGCCACCUAUCAAUGAUAGCUGAAUCCAUGCUAAAUUUAAAAGUAGAGUCAUUAAUUCUAGAAAUUUUUUAAAUACUAUUGCUAAAUAUUAGCUUUUUUUAAAAAGUUAGUGAAUUCCAUUAUAGUGACUAAUUUGGAGAUUGGUUAAAGAGUGAAGAGACCAAAGCUUGUUCCUUUUAGCUUUAACUCCUUAACAGUUAAAAGAAAUGAGUUGUAGUCAAGAGCUAUCAGAUGUGAACAGCACAGUUAAACUGUGAAUGGUGAAAAUCUUUGUUCGUAGAAAGCACUGUUUCCCAAAGAAAAACACAAAUAUCUAAUGCUGUAAAUUUAGCACCAGAAUGCUAUAGUUAAAUGUAUAUUCACACAAACCUGUGGAAAGUCAUACAGUUCAGGAAUUGCCUGUGAAUAAAAAUAAAGUUGACAGUUUUAUCAACCUA